CUGAGAGAAGCAGUCAACCCACAGCACGGAAGCCAACGCAGAUUUCACCAUUUCUUUGGGGAUUCUAGAGCUCUGAUGUGCUCAACAACUCACAGACAAGGGUGAUGGGAUGCUGGGGCAGUAGAUUUGCCUCCGUUUAUUACCCCUUUUUAUUCCUAGUCUGGUUUCCACAACCUGCCAAGAACGAGGUGAUUUCCACCCAGUGUUCUAAUUUCAGCCUUUUGCUCCACUGCUCUACAUUUCUUUCCAUGUGUUCUCUUUGAAUCUUCUCCUUGGCCUUCAAGACCUCCUGGACCUUCAACAUCCACUCAUAUUCUGUGCUCAUGUCUAUGUCUUGCUCCACCCCUGUCCUUAUCGACUUUCCUUCAUCUGCUUUAUGAGUCUUUCUAGGUAGUUCUUUUUUUUAUCCCCCAAUUGAUUUGUUAUUCAUCAUUUGCAUCUGCCUUGUGCUUCGUCUACCUGAGGGCAAAUGACUGUAUAAGAGCAGCAUAUUUGCUAGGAUUUAACUCUUCUAAUGGGCAUGUGUGGACAUUUUGCACAUGAUCAUACCUUCAGAACGGGUCGGUUUGUUACAAAGGGACUCAAGACUGAACACUCCAGAGAAGCACCACCCAUGAAACUUCUCCUGCUUUUAGCAUUUGUGUCCACACUGUGGGACACUAGCUACUCCUCCGGGAACUGUACCAUCCCAUGCCAUGAGCGUGCAAAAUGUGAAGUUCGUAAUGGAGCCCAAGGCUGUUAUUGUAGCCCAGGAUUCACUGGACCUGGAGUACGUGGACCUGACGCAAGCGGUUGUUAUGAUGACGAUGAAUGUGAAAAUACCACACAACUUUGUGGAGAUAAUGCGAAUUGUACAAAUACUGUGGGAAGUUACUACUGCAUGUGUGCACCUGGGUUCACAUCUAGUAAUGGAAACAUAACCUUUGUAACCAAUGAUGGGACUUCUUGCCAAGAUAUAGAUGAGUGCCAUGAACCAGUAAGCGCUGCCUGUGGAGAUCAUGCGAAAUGUGAAAAUGUGUAUGGAGACUAUCACUGCUCCUGUAAGGAAGGUUAUCAACCAUCCACAGGAAAAUUACAGUUUAUGCCAAAUGAUGGCACUUCCUGCCAAGAAAUGCCAACAGUAAAGUGUGAACUGAACUAUGGAUGUAUAGCUGAAAAUAUUAACAGAACUUUAGCUAAAAUUAGAAAAAUAAAAGAACCCCUGGCUAUAUUACAAGAAAUCAAUCAGAACACUGUAGGACAAAUUUCACCAGUUGAUGUGAUUUCCUACAUAGAAGCAUUAUCUGACUCUUGUCCCUUGCUAAGCGCCAUGAAUAACAUGAUUUCUGACAAUGAAAUGCUCCGUAACCUAACUCUUAAUGAAUUUGUUAUUACUGUGAACAAUUUUGUCCAGAAGGAUAAAAUUGCAGUGUGGGAAGCUAUCCCAGCAGAUAACAGAAGAAGAAGUCUCACUAAACUGAUGCAUGCUGCAGAACAAACAACAGCUCUCAUGUCACAGAACUUCCCAAAGUCGACAGAAGUAGAGGUUAAUGCUAGUGAUUUGGCUCUCAAAGUCUUUGCCUUUGAUAUGCAACAUGUGGACCUCAAUCAACAUGUGCAGAUGGGAGGAGAUAUGAUAACAGUCUUUGCUAAGAGAAAGAAAGCAUCUAUUUCUAAAGGCACCGUUGCAGUUGUGUUUCUCCACUACAGCAAUAUCGGCUCUCUGCUUUCAUCAUCGCAGAACCUCUCAUUGAAGGAAAAUUCAGAGCAUGGAGAGACAGUAGGGUCAUCGGUUAUAGCUGUCGUCAUCAGCUCUGCUCCACCUAAGCUCUACCCAGCUGAGAAAAUAACAUUUACUUUAAAGCAUGCACAGACUGUAGACAAAAAAUACACUAAGUGUGCAUUCUGGAAUUAUUCAGAAGACACAAUGGAAGGAAGCUGGUCUACAGAAGGAUGUGAGCGGUCACAUUUCAAUAGCACUCACACCUCGUGCAGAUGUAAUCAUCUUACUCAUUUUGCUGUUUUGAUGUCCUCAAAUGGCUCUGAAGUUAAAGUCAAAGAUUCCAUUCUUACAAGAAUCACUGAGCUCGGAAUAAUUAUCUCGUUGAUUUGCCUCUCCGUGUGCAUUUUCACAUUCUGGUUCUUCAGCGAAAUUCAAAGUACAAGAACAACCAUUCAUAAAAAUCUCUGUUGCAGUCUUUUCCUGGCAGAGCUGAUUUUUCUUGUUGGAAUUAACAUGAACAGUAAUAAGCUAUUCUGUUCAAUCACUGCUGGAUUACUCCAUUACUUCCUCCUAGCUGCCUUUGCAUGGAUGUGUAUUGAAGGCAUUCACCUGUACCUCAUUGUUGUCGGAGUAAUCUACAACAAAGGAUUCCUACACAAGAAUUUCUAUAUCUUUGGCUAUGUGAGCCCAGCAGUGGUGGUUGCCAUUUCUGCUGCACUGGGAUACAAAUACUAUGGAACAACGGAUGUAUGUUGGCUCAGCACAAAGAAUAACUUUAUAUGGAGUUUUAUAGGACCAGCAUGUCUAAUAAUUCUUGUUAAUUUGAUGGCUUUUGGUGUCAUUAUCUAUAAAGUAUUUCAACAAACAGCCAUGCUAAAACCAGAAGUUAGCUGCUAUGAAAACAUAAGGUCUUGUGCACGUGGGGCUCUUUCUCUCCUCUUUCUCCUUGGCGCUACCUGGAUCUUUGGUGUACUCCACGUCAUCCAGGGCUCAGUGGUCACAGCGUAUCUUUUUACAAUCUUCAAUGCAUUUCAAGGGCUCUUCAUCUUCAUAUUUCUUUGUGUUUUGUCACGAAAAAUCCAGGAUGAAUACUCCAGGUUGUUCAGAAAUGUCCCUUGCUGUUUUGGAUGCUUAAGGUAAAUUGAUGGAAAGCUAAGAUGAGCAGCACCAUGGAAGAAAGGAGAAAACGAGAGGCUUUAGAAAAAUUGCUAUAUUGUGAAAGUAUGAAAUGAGCUACUGAGCUGUCAUCUCUCUUAAAUCAAUUACUUUCUCUCCAGUAUAGGUAUUGUACUUAAAUGUGCACUCAGGCACACUAUAUUGUGUACAAACUGCAUAUCUGUACAAGACAGACUGGUUUAUUGUGUAACAAAUAAGGCUUCUAAAGGAGCCCAGGACUCUUCAGGGCUAAUGGCUGUAGCUCAGAAGGGGCUGAAACCAAUGCGCAAAGCCGUUUUUGUCAGUAGCUUUGCUAUUAAUGUCAUACCCGCUGACUCGGAAAUGAAAAUAAUUUUGCUUAUUGCUGUUUAAAGAGAGUAAAUUCCAUUAGAGUGUUAAUAAAAAGGUUUUACUUU